AUGAAAAUCAAAAUCGCAAUUCAGAAAUCAGGCCGUCUCUACGAUGAUUCUCUUCGUUUACUGAAAGAAUGCGGCAUCGCUAUCGCUAACGGCGCCAAUAAACUUAAAGCCGAAGCCGCCAACUUUCCCAUUGAAGCGUAUUUCCUCCGCGACGAUGAUAUUCCGCAAUAUGUUGAAGACGGUGUCGCCGACAUCGGUAUCGCCGGAGAAAAUGUCGUCUAUGAAAAACAGAAAGAGGUUACCGUCCUCGAAAAACUGGGCUUUGGAAAAUGCCGGCUUAGUAUUGGGGUCGACAAGAAUGAACAGUUUUCCCACGACUGGCUCAACGGAAAACGAAUUGCAACCAGUUACCCCGUCCUUCUUCAACAAUACCUCGAUAAACAAAAACUCAACGCCGAAAUACAUGAGAUCAGUGGUAGUGUAGAAAUUGCUCCCGGGAUAGGUCUCGCUGAUGCCAUUUGCGAUCUCGUUAGCAGCGGUUCAACUUUACUUACCAACGGACUCAAGGAAGUUGAAACCAUUCUUUCAUCGCAGGCCGUGCUGAUCAGUAAUAACAAUCUCGACGAAACGAAACAGAACCUGGAGAUCAUCAAUCUUUUACCAGGCAUGAAAAGCCCGACCGUAUUACCAUUGGCAUCGCCACGCUGGAGCAGCGUUC